AUCACAGACGUCAGACGUGAUCCUUUCUUCCAUUUAAAUCUUCCUUCACGUAGUAACCAAGAAAUCGCAGGUAUAGCUGUAUAGAAUAGUCUGCAGCCCAGAUAUUGCCAAAGUUUCUGGAAAAUGUUUAUUUAGCUUCAACCACUCAAAGAGAAAGACAUUUGUUAUUAUGGAAUUGAAACACCAUGUGCCUUGUGCAGGAGAAAAUAUGACACGACUGCUUGUCCCUGCAAGAAUGGGCGUAACUUCUGUUGAUCAAUCUCAAGGUUUUCGAAAUUUUUAAACCGUUCCAUUGAGCUGAAAUCUAGCAGACUAGGCAACUCGCCUAGACCAUACUUCACGCGGCGGUAGCUCGUAACAGUUCACGGUGAAUCUUGGAAUGCAAAUCAUCGCGUUCGUGGGACAAGACUGACAGAGAGGGAAUACGUCUGUAACACGCUUUACAUACCAUAUGAGGAUGAGACAAACUCUUGACGUCCUAACCUUACUUUUGUUUUAUUAUUUUUUUAGUGUAUAUAUGUUUAGUGUCUGAACAAGGAGGUUGAGACGGUCACAUUCGAAUAAAAUAGUUAUCAAAGACGUUUUAUUUUAAUCAAGGAAUUCCACUUGCGUUGUGCAUCAAAAAGCUUGUUCUACCUGUUGCAGGAAUUUUAUACAAGCUGAAAUAUGAGUCAGUUAACCUCUUCCGUGCCCAGUAGAGAAUUUUUAUGGGAUAUAUUCCAGAAAGUUGAUAAGGAUAGGAGUGGAUGGAUUAAUGCAGAAGAACUAGGGUUGGCUUUGUCCAAUGGAACAUGGACCCCCUUCAAUCCUGAGACUGUGAGAUUAAUGAUUGGUAUGUUUGACCGUAGCAACAAGGGUCAAGUAAGCUUUGAAGAUUUUGGGGCCCUCUGGAAAUAUGUCACAGAUUGGCAGAACUGCUUCAGAUCAUUUGAUAGAGAUAACUCUGGAAAUAUAAAUAGGGAGGAGCUAAAAACUGCUUUGACAUCAUUUGGGUACAGAUUGUCUGACAAUGUUAUUAACAUUAUAUUAAGGAAGUUUGACCGACAUGGAAAUGGUACAAUAUUAUUUGAUGAUUUUAUACAGCUAUGUGUUGUGCUGCAUACAUUAACUGCAGCUUUCAGAGAACGUGAUAAGGACCAAGAUGGAGUUAUAACAAUACAAUAUGAAGAGUUUCUUGGGAUGGUUUUUACCCUAAAGAUCUAGAGUGUGCCAAGGAGAAUGCCAAGUAUAUACAACAGCAUUAUAAGAAGGUCCACAUUAUUUUUGAUUAAUAUCACUCAAUAUUACUAAAUUAUAUUCCACAACAACAAAAUUGUACAUUUACAGUUUCAUUGUUCAAACUAUUCUUAAGUGAUUACUUCAUAACAUUGCCAGGAUAUAAACUAGGAUUAGGUGUUUUAAGUAUCAAUCACUGACAAUCACUUCCAUUUUUAUUUGUGGAACUCUUUCUGGUGUAUGAUAUGCUUUGAAAAUUAAUUCAUUGUUGAGUAGUUUUCUAAUGGUUACAUGGUAUAUAUAUAUAUAGCGUCGUACAGCAGAUACCGAUUCUCGCACUUCAAUCUCUUCUGUUUUCCCAAUCUUCUAAUAUCCUCAUGACAUGGCCGUACCAUACUAGUUGUCUUCUUUCCACUCUAUCCACAAUGGUAUCUUGUACACACGUCCUUUCUCUGAUCAUAUCCUUACUGAUAUGGUCCUACCUAGAUACUCUACACGACUGGCGUAGGAAGUCCAUUUCAACGGCUUUUUGCUGGUUUUCUAUUUUUGAUGUAAGCUGUCAGCACGCAGCCCCAUAAGUAGUUAUUGGCUCCAUGAUACUGUGAUACAAGGUACUACAUUAAAAUGGGGUGCAACAGUUUUUGCGCCACAUGUGAGCCAUUGUCCCUAGAUGCAUACUCUGUUUAGUAGAAUUGUUCAGACUAAGGUUGUGAAGCACGUGGUGCUUUGCUUUAAGCCACUUUGUUUUAAAAUUACAUUCCAGAGAUUGCUAAAUUUUGCAUUUAUUGUAUCAUACUUUCACAUCAGUAAUUACUUCAAGCAGUAUAAUUUUACAUUGGAAACAAAUAUUGCUAGAAAUAUGUAACUUUGGAUAACUGCUUCAAAUGUUUACAUUUAAUUUGGAUAGAAUAUAUAUUCUUAUGUAAGAUAUUUCUAUUUACCUAAUGUGAAAAUAAAUUUUCUGGUAACAGCUCUAAUGAUUAUUA